GUUUUACCUUAUUUUUCUUUUCCGUUCACUCCCUCCCUCUCUCAUUCUCUCUCUCCAACUCUAUUCAAUAAACCCUCAUGCUUCAACACCAAAAUCGAAGGUCAAGGCUCGUGAAUCUCGCAAAAAGGCAAGUAGAAAGCGUGAUCUACGGACAGAGGGCUACACAUCUAUCCGAACAAAAUCUCAAUCGGUCAAAAUUCGAGAUUCUUGCAUUUUGGGGAUUUCACUCUUUGAGUGAUCAUGGAGUCGACAGUGGAAGGUUGGCCAAACAGUUAUGCUUUCCCGCUUGCAGCCAAGUUUCCACCUUGUAGCCCUACUGAUUUGCAUCAGAAGGGACGCAAGAGGAUGAGAUCAUCUAGCGAAGAAAAUCAUCAUGCCAAUUUGACUUCAUCUGGAUAUACGAGUGAUGAACGUGAGCAGAAGAAAGCAAGAACUUCUCUGCAAAUUAUUGACUAUUCCAAUCCAUUCGCAGUGCGGAACUUGUUGGAGGAUCUUGACUGUGGCAAAUACGGGAGCGUAACAAAAGAAAUAAAUGAUCUUCUUGCUCGGAAGAGGCAGAUGCUGAAUCCUUAUUUUGCAAUGCAUCCUACACUUGUAGAUUUGGAAGUGAACCUGGUGAAAGAGGCUGCAAAGGUGAACCAGCAGCCGGCUACUCCUUUGGCUUGCCGGGAUGUGAUUGAAUUGGAUGAUGAUGAUACCGAUGAUGUUUCAGCAGAAAGAUUGGCAGUUGUAGUUCAUAGAUCGCCGGUUGUAGUUCUUGAUUCAGAGGAUGAAGAUACAGAAGAUCGCAAACCCUUUAAUUCAUAUCAGCAGAUUAUCUUGCCCAAGCCACCUGGAGAGUUUCUCAUGAAGGAUUUUCUAAUGAAGGAUUUCCUGAUACAGGAUAGAGAUUGUACUCCUAAACGAAGUUCGGGAAAAAAUAAUGCAAAGCUUCCAGAAGAAAGUGAAACCCCAAAAGAAAGUGAAACCCCAAAAGAUAAAGGAGUUUACGUUGGCGUUGAAGAUGAGAUGGAAACUGAUUCUGAAUUUGAUGGUCUGGCUGAUAUUUGGAAGGAGAUGAAUUUUGCAAUGGAAUGUUCCAAGGAUAAUGUUGAAGAUUCGCCUGAGGAACAUGAAGGAGAAGAUGAAUGUGACCAUAGUUUUGUCUUGAAAGACGAUCUAGGUUAUGUUUGUCGGAUUUGUGGAGUUAUCCAAAGAGGAAUCGAAACCAUUAUCGAGUACCAGUAUGCUAAGAGCACAAGGAACAUACGAACAUACAGUUCUGAAGCCCGUAAUGCAAAGGACAAGGACCCCACUGAAAUCUUUGACGGUGCUAAAUCAUCUGGACAGGAUUUCAUAAUCACUGACAUCGCGGCUCAUCCCAGGCACAUGAAGCAAAUGAAGCCCCAUCAAGUUGAGGGCUUUAAUUUUCUUCUAAGCAAUUUGGUGUCAGACAAUCCAGGUGGCUGCAUCCUUGCCCAUGCCCCAGGGUCGGGCAAAACUUUCAUGAUAAUCAGUUUCAUGCAGAGUUUUCUUGCCAAGUAUCCCCAGGCUAAACCACUGGUGGUACUGCCAAGAGGUAUCCUUGCUACUUGGAAAAAGGAAUUUCGAAGAUGGCAAGUGGAGGACAUUCCGCUGUAUGACUUUUACACUGUAAAAGCAGAUAGUCGAACCCAACAGCUUGAAGUGCUAAAAAAGUGGGCGGACCACAGAAGCAUUCUAUUUUUGGGGUAUAAGCAGUUUUCGUCCAUAGUAUGUGAUAAUGAAACGAACAAGGCUGCAGUUGCUUGCCAAGAGAUACUUCUGACAUACCCAUCCAUUCUCAUUUUGGAUGAAGGCCACACUCCCAGAAAUGAGGAGACCGAUGUCCUCAACUCCCUCAAGAAAGUCCAGACACCUAGGAAAGUUGUACUUUCUGGAACCCUUUACCAGAAUCAUGUGAAAGAAGUGUUCAAUAUUUUUGAUCUUGUUCGUCCGAAAUUCCUUAAGAUGGAUACUUCACGCGCCAUUAUCAGGCGGAUAUUGAGCAGAGUGCCUUUUAUGAGGAAACAUGUGAGGGCAAAGGGUUUAGACAACGUUUUUUACGAAUCAGUUGAGCUCACUCUACAGAAAGAUGAGAACUUCAAGAGAAAGGUGACUGUGAUCCAGGAUUUACGCGAAAUGACUGGAAAAGUCCUCCAUUUUUACAAAGGGGAUUUUCUGGAUGAACUGCCGGGACUCGUUGAUUUCACAGUGUUUCUCAAUCUCAGCUCUACACAGAAGCGUGAAGUUGAACAGUUGAAGCUGUUAAACAGGAAGUUCAAAAUUAGUUCCGAUGGGAGUGCGCUUUAUGUGCACCCGCAGUUGAGAUAUAACUUGAAGAAUAAUGGGUCUAGAGAAAGAGACGGAAUCGACGAUGCAAAAAUGGAUAAAAUUUUGGAAAAUUUGGAUGUUAAAGAAGGAGUGAAGGCAAAAUUCUUUCUAAAUUUGUUAGCGUUGUGUGAAUCAGGUGGUGAGAAGCUACUAGUUUUCAGCCCGUAUUUACAGCCACUAAAGUUCUUGGAAAGGCUAGCAGUGAAAGUCAAGGGAUGGAGUCCUGGAAAAGAGAUUUUCGUAAUCACCGGUGAUUCCACUUCUGAGAAUAGGGAAUGGUCCAUGGAUCACUUCAAUACUUCACCUGAUGCUAGGGUCUUUUUUGGGUCCAUAAAAGCUUGUGGGGAGGGAAUAUCUCUUGUGGGUGCUUCUCGGAUCAUUAUACUGGAUGUCCACUUGAAUCCAUCAGUUACCCGCCAAGCAAUAGGUCGUGCAUUCCGACCUGGUCAAGUGAGGAAAGUCUAUACAUAUAGAUUGGUUGCCGCAGAGUCACCUGAAGAGGAAGACCAUGCCACUUGUUUCAGAAAAGAGUCCAUUGCGAAGAUGUGGUUCGAAUGGAAUGAGUAUUGUGGUCAAAACGAGUUUGAAAUGGAGACUGUGGACGUGAGAGACUGUGGGGAUGAUUUCUUGGGGUCGUCGAAGUUGAGUGAAGACGUGAAAGCUCUGUUCAAAAGGUAAUAUGGGACAUUGGGCCGAGGUAUGGGGUUAUAGGCGUAGGUUUUGACCAUUGGAUUCUAACAGGCAGCUUAGUGUGGUCAUUUUGCAACAAUAUUUCUUGUAGAUGCGUUGGUAUUUGAACUGAUCAUAUGUAAGGUUUUGGCCGUUUUGCAUUGCCAGAAAACUGCAAAAGUCCCUUUUGAUGUUCAUUAAGCUUUGUGAAAGUGGCGAAGAAAUGACUCUUGACUAGUUCUGGAUCUGCCAGUUUAGGGUAUUUGUCUUUGUACAGGAAACAGCUGUUUCAAUUUGCCGUAAAUACAUACCUUUUCAAAGUAA